AUACGACGAUACGGCGGCGAAGCGAGCGAGAGUCGGGAAGCGUGCCGAGUGCACCAUAACGCGAGUAGACGGAGCGAGCGAGUGGUGUGCGUUUGUCGAGCAUCAUCCCGUAGCAUCCCGCGCGAGAUACGAUACGCACGAUUCGAUAUAUAUUACACGAGAUACGAGAUAGACGCGACGUGACGUGACGUUACUCCGCGAGACAUCGUCGUCAACGCCGCCGCCACGCCACGACGCGUGUAACCAACCGGCAACGCGAAGGAGCCCGCGAUUAUCGCCCUUUGUUCCGUCUCCGAAGAGGAGCGCGCGUGAGAUUUUACGCGAUUUACCCUACCUUCGUCGAAUUCGCGAGUGCGAGUGAAAGGGAACAAUAAAUAUGUCGGACGACAAUUCGCCUGUGGUAGAAGAGCAAAAGAAGAAGAGGGGUAGGCCUGCCAAGUCAGACAAGAAUGCAGUAAAGGAGCCCAAAAAGAGGGGUAGGCCCGCCGCGGAAAAAAAUAACGCGGUACGCCCGGCGAAAUCUGAUAAUGAGGACGAUGCGCCACCUGGACCUGUUAAAAAAGGAAGAGGUCGACCCAAAGGCUCCCACAAGAAGAAGCAAGGACCACCAAAAGGCUCUACUACGCCACGCGGUCGCGGCAGACCGAAAAAGACAGAAGAGAAACCUGAGAUAACCGGCGAGGAUGAAGACGAGCAAGAAGAGGAGGAAGAAGAGGAGAAUUGAAGAAGCAUCUUCGGAUGCAUUAGAGGAGGAUGAAACUAACACAGCUGACCUAUCCUUCGAAGAUCUUUAAACAAAGUCGAUUUAAUCAAAGUUAAGUUUUUUCAAACACAAGCUUCUUUUUAAUCUUUAGUCUGACUCGAGAAUUUCGGAGCAAAUCAAGUGGUGGGCACUGUUUUAACUAAUUAUUGGAAUUUUAAAAUUCUGUAAAAUAUAAUGUACAUUGCCACACCCUAACAAAUUGAAAGAGAAACGUUGGAUACAAAAGUUGUGUUACUCGAAUUUAUUAAGUUCUUUUUAUAUUUACUUGACAUUACUACUAUUAAUAAUUAAUAAAAUCAUACUUUUAAGUGCUAAGACUACGUAUGUGUAACUUUUUUCAACAGUAAAGGACUGGAUUAAAAUACAGAUCUCAAAACUUUUUUUAAUUUACACGAAAAAAGUGAGAUUUGAUAAACUUAUUAAAACAAAAAUCUCACAGUAUAGAUAGUAUUGUCACAUAUUUGCUACCUCCUUUUCUCCUACAUAUGUGUAUUACAAUUCAUGAAGCCAAAAGAAAAAAAGAACUUCAUACCAAUUUAAUAUUGUAAGAGAUAGAGAAAAAAAAUACUUCUUGUAUGUAACAUAUGCAGGGACUAUUCAUUUCUAAUUAAUAACACUAAUAUUUGUCAUAUAUUAGUGUUCUAUUUCUUAUCAAUACAUUUUCUUAAUGAGUGUACAUUACUGUCGUUUUUGAGGCAAGCAUAUGUGUGAAUGUCAAAUUUGUAUUAAAGUAAAUAAACUCAAAGUACUCUUAUUAA